UUUCAGAGGAUGGAGGGCCUUCAAGUUGUACCCUGCUUGAUCUGCAAAAACACCUGAUCAACUCGAAAAGCUUGUAUCAAGAGAAAACUAUGUAUACAAAAACCCCUUUGAUAACAAAGCUCUCAAAAAUAGUUCGCAAAAGACUGGAGACACAUCUGGUUCCUCCAGCAGAAGUUUGUGGAACAUGCCACUCUCUUCUGGAUCUUGUGGAUGAACAUGAAAGCAAAACUGGCUUAUGAGAAUGAGGUGCGACUCAAAUUCAAGCUGCCAUUUCCCAUCGUGUUGGAGGAUAAGAACGACGUUGCUCCGCCUCCGUUCGACGACCAGCCAAUCGGCGAGCCACAGAUGGGCAGCGCGGCCAAUGCCGAGCUCGAGCCGGGGCCCGAUGACGUCAUUGUGUCGGCAGACGACACCGGAUUGGUCACCGUGACCUACAGCCAGCCGGACGCCGACUCCGACGCGGGCCGACCGCCGGGCCCCAGCUCUCCGGCAGUCAUAUGGGACGGGGACUCAGACCAGCAGAUCAUCAUAUUCAAGGUCAGAGGAGAGACGCCCGUGGUCGGUCUGCUGGACGAUCUGGUGCCCGCCGAGCCACCGGUGGCCAGACCAGUUCCGUCAGCCACCAGCCGACCGCCAGAGGUGUCCAACCGACCACCAGCAGUUUCCAGUCACCCCCCGCCGCCGCCACCGCUGCCACCACCGCCACAGCCGCCCGUUCAACCGCCGAGUGUGUUCUUCUGCGACGUCUGUGACGCACCAUUCACAUCCACCGAAAUGCUGGCUAGUCACCGCAGCACCCACCCGCUGCUGCGCUUCCAAUGCGUCUUCUGCGCCGAGCGCUGCGCCACCACGAAGGAGCUCAGCCGACACAUGAAUGAGGCGCACGCCGACCAGCUGAUGCCCUGUGGCCACUGCGACAAACGGUUUGCCACAAA